AUGUUUGAUGUCAUGUCUACCGGUACAUACAUCGGCGCUGGUGGGAGAACACACGUUUACUUGUAUUACUACGGGGACAAUGAGUACCGCACCUGGACUGUUACAACGGCCAGCAACCGGCGGAUUCGCAUCAGCUUCUCAAGUUUCGACACCGAGGGAUACCUCGACGUUCUGAGGAUUGUCGACACCUCAACUGGUCAAGAGUGGACUUUCAGCGGGUCUUCACUUCCAGGCGAUGUGGUGUCUACAGGAAGCAAUCUUCAACUAACCUUCACCUCAGAUUAUAGCGUGACAAGUAGUGGGUUUUCUCUCUGGGCUAGCAGCAUCCCAAAACCAACGCCCCCAGUGACGUCGUCUCUUUCCCUGCGAGAUGCAAGUGGAACCAGACUAUUGGGUGAGGUCACCGUGCUCGAGGGGGCGCCUUACAUCUUCACGUGUGACGUCCAGGACACCAGUCCCGCUGCAACCAUUCGCUGGUACCUUGACGGCGCCCUAAAGAAAACUGCUUACGCACCCAGCAGAGGAGAGUACAGCUUAGUGGACACCAGUGACGCUUGGAUACUCACACCCAGCCGAGUCAAUCAAAGCCAAGAGGUGAAGUGCGUUGCCAGCAACACGGUGUCACAGGAACCGUUCCCAUACGUGAAUGUUACGCUCGACGUCUACGUACCUCCAAGCACUAUUGAGCUGUGGGAUUCUUAUGAAAACUCAACUACCAACAACGACACAUUUUACUUGGUGGCCGGAGUAGAGCACCAGUUCUCUUGCGUGGUUCCCAGCAUCAAUCCAGGCGCAGACUUCAACUGGACCCUUGGCAGCAUGGUGCUCACAGAGGACAGCAGCAACGAUACUUCCGAUGGUGACGGGCUCAUUACAAGCAUCAGUGUUAUUACCCUUAACCCUUUCUGGGCCUACCACGGGAAAAACCUGCGAUGCUCCGCCUCAAACUACGACGGCUUCCCUACUGUUAACAUCAGCUUGACCAUCGAUGUGAAAGUCCCGCCCACGCAAUCGUCCCUGUCAAUCUACGAUCCCGAGGGAACCAGACUCGGCCAAACCGCAGCUGUUGACCAAGGCAAACCAUAUAACUUCACCUGCGAGGUGCAGGGAACCAGACCGGCCGCAACCACCAUGUGGUUCAUUGGUGACGCUUUGCAAAGGACCUUCAUUCCUCCCUCCGGUAUAGGUGAUGAUUUAGUGGAUACUUCAGACAGUUGGACAUUCGCUCCUAACAGAUCAAUACACGGUCAGCAGUUGAGGUGCAUGGCAGGGACACCCGAGUCGCAGGAGCCACUGCCAUUUGUGACCACUGCACUCAAUGUCAACGUUCUUCCAACGGUUAUAUCUCUGUACGACUGGGCUGGGAACACCUCCUUCGUCAACGGGACCUCGUAUCUGAUCGCUGGAGUGGAGCAUGAAUUCACAUGUGAGGUUCCAGGCAUCGACCCAGCAGCAUCCAUGACAUGGACCUUGGGGAGUCAAGGCAUCACAUCAAAUAUCACCAAAGACAUCGUGGGAUCUGACGGACUGACCAACAGCAGCAGCACCGUCACGGUGUCUCCUACUUGGAACAACCAGGGAGAGUUACUGCAAUGUCAUGCUUUCAACAAGCCUGGCUACCCUGGUUUGAACGUCAGCGUGACCCUUGAUGUCAAAGUGCCUCCACAAGAAUCGUCUGUUUUUCUCCUGGACCUUGAUGGAUUCCUACUAGGAACCUCAGUGGAUGUCGAUGAAGGCAGCCCAGAAACUUUCACGUGCGUGGUACAGGACACUAGACCAGCAGCGACUAUUGAGUGGUUCCUGAACGGGGUCCUCGAGAGUACAGUCAGCCCCGCAGAAGGCCAAAGCAACGGCCUUGUCAACACUACUGGGACCUGGACGUUGACUCCGGAAACAAAGCACCACCGGCAAGUUGUGAUGUGUGCGGCUUGUACAGCAGAGGCAUCUCGCCCAUUCCCGUUUGUGACCGUUUCCCUUAAUGUUAAAGUUCUCCCAAAAGAGAUUUUCUUGUUUGACUCAAGAGGAACCUACUCGUCUAAUGACACUGCGUACUUGAUCGAAGGAGUGGAUCAUCGGUUCACUUGCGUGGUGCCUGACAUCAACCCAAGAGCAUCGUUCACAUGGACUGUGGCCAAUCAAGAGUUUAGUAACAGCAGUGAAGUCACGAGCAACAGCGGUUUCCUCACCAGUGCCAGCCACGUCAGAAUGGCGCCCUCAUGGGCUGACCAUGGACAGGAAUUGCUUUGCCGUGCCACUAACAGGGAAGGUCAUGUGGGCAUCAGCACUGGCGUGGUGCUGGACAUAAAGGUACCACCUCGAUCUUCUUCUAUCUCGUUAUACGACGCCAGUGGGACCAGUCUGGUGAAUACUUUUGUUGUUGACCAGGGAUCGCCUAGCAGUCUUCGAUGUGAAAUACAGGGUACCAGACCAGCUGUUGCCAUUGGGUGGUUCUUGAAUGGCAACCUGCAAAGAACAGCUGAUCCACAUUUCGGGGAGGACAUUGGAUUGGUCAAUACCUCAGACACGUGGUCAUUCACGCCCAGCAGAGCCAAUCACGGCCAGGAGGUGAGGUGCGUGGCUAGCACCGCUGAGUCACAGGAACCGUUGCCAUCCAAGGCACUUAACCUAGAGGUCAAUGGUCCACCCGAUCUUCCCUGGAUCGUUGGUAACACGACAAUGACAGAAGGCGUUACAACUACUCUGACGUGUUAUGCUGACAUGGGUUUUCCUGAUGACUGGCUGUUGUACUGGUCAUUCGGCGACGUGUACGAUAUAGCCAACCUCACAACUGUACCGUCAGCUUCGGAUGAUCGCUUUAUGUUCACUAGCGCCCUCAACGUCACACCAACGAGAGAUGACAACGGGAAGACAAUCACCUGCACUGCACGGAAGGAUUCUUGGACAGUUCAUCCUACCACAACGUAUGGUCCUAUCAAUGUACACUUUUGUCCGCGAUGGGUAAGCAUCACCAACUGUCCACUCAAAGCCAUACCAGACAGCAUGGUAUCAUUCAGGUGCGUGUCCGAGAGCAGCAACCCAAUAACAAACCUGACCUGGUUGAGAAACGGCCGGCGCAAAACCAACCCUGCUCCGCCAGCACUCCCGAAAGGAGACUAUGGCGGUCACGUGACCACGGAGGACUUUACAACAGCUGUGCUGACCAAAGAGGACAAUGGGGCAUUGUUCACUUGCUGCACGGCUAAAACGACAGCCUGCCCCGCCGACGUGUGCGACAGCUGUUCACUCAAUGUUGAAUAUCGACCAUACUUUUCCGAGCCGAAGGCAACCACGCCCAGUCCUGUGAGAGAGGGCGGUGACGUCAUCCUGUCCUGCGGCGCAGACGCGAAUCCCAUGCCCCCUGGCUUCAUCACGUGGGAGAAGGUCGGGUCUCCCGACUCCCUCCCCUCCGUCUACAGCGAUGGUACCAGCAACCUGACACUAAGCAGCAUCAGCAGGGAGCAGGCUGGGCCGUACAGAUGCCGCGGAGACAAUGGUGUACCACCCGUAGUGUUCUCGAAUCCAAUCGACAUUGCCGUUUACUAUGAGGUAAACAUCACAAAUAAGGCAGACACCUAUGUUGGGGCUGCGGACGGUGAGGGGGCCGUUCUUCUUUGCACAGCAAAAGGCAAUCCACUGCCUUUAACCGUCUGGUUAGACCCAACUAACGAAGAGAUCAACAAUGACACAGACGCAGGAAGAAUCAUUCAAGCCGUCACAAGCAAUGGAGGAGAUGACAUAUAUGGCUACUCUGUUACGAGCAUCCUGGAAAUCAAAAGAGUGACUGCGGAAGGAGACUAUGGUUACUACACAUGCUACAGCGGAAACGGUGUAGGACGCGUAGACAUGUUGCAUAUCCAUUUGAACAUUAAAGUGGUGCCAUCGUCGCCCUACGAUGUGUCGAUAGACGAGGAACGAAUCACCGCCGAUUCGGUCACUAUUACGUGGCGCCCUGGGGCCGAGGUUGGGACGCCUCAAUGGUUCUACGUCAACUACCGGGAGCUUGGAAAAGCAACGGACUUCGACCCCAGCACAAGAAGCCAGAGACUACAGGGAUCCAACGAGUACACGGUGGAGGGCUUGCGUCCUUACGCAAUGUACGAGGUUGAGGUAUACGCUGAGAAUGCCCAUGGAAGAAGCGAGGCCGUUAAGACAGUUGUCAAGACAUUGCAUUGUCCUGUAUUUACCGACCCAACGUCACUUACGACGAAUCCCGUGGAUGAAGGAGAUGACAUCACACUGUCCUGCAGCGCCGACGCCAAUCCCAUGCCCACUGACUUCAUCACGUGGGAGAAGGUCGGGUCGCCUGACUCCCUCCCCUCCGUCUACAGCGAUGGAACCAGCAACCUGACACUAAGCAGCGUCAACAGGAAGCAGGCUGGGCCGUACAGGUGCCGGGGAAAUAAUGGUGUACCACCUGUUAUCUUUUCAAGAUCCAUUGAUGUCAUCGUUCUCUAUGAAGCCGCCAUAACAAGCCAAGCUGAUAACUGCGUCGAAGCCGAUGACGGUGAGGCCGCUAUUCUGACCUGUACGGUCAAAGGUAACCCCCAUCCUUUAAUUAGAUGGUUGAGUCCAACCCGCACUAGGAUGACUAAUCAUACUGAGCCAGGUAGGAUAACCCAGGUCGAUACCAUUAGCGGCGGGGAUGUUGUCUAUGGAUACACGGUGACAAGCACUUUGCACAUCAAAAACGUGACCGGUAUUGGAGACUACGGCUUUUACGUCUGUACCUGUGGAAAUGGCGUUGGGAGGGUGGACGCGUUGUCCAUUCAGCUGACUUCGAGAGUUUUACCAGCUGCACCGAUGAACGUCUCCAUCGAAGAAGCUAUGAACACGGCCACGACCAUCACAGUGUCAUGGACACCUCGGAACGAGGCUGCACCAAACAUCUGGUUCCAUGUCAAUUACAGAGAGCUUGCAACGACUGACGACUUCGAUCCCAACACGCGCAGCGACAGACUCCAUGGCGUCACUUCAUUCACUCUGAUGGGACUGCGUCCUUACUCCGUGUACGAGGUUGAGGUUUAUGCAGCAAAUGGCAAUGGCGUGAGUGAAGCUGUGACGAUCAUCGGCACGACUGCGCUAUGUACAAGGAUGGUGAGCAUCACCGGUUGCCCGUACAGAAUCGUAUCAGGCGGUAGUGUGUCCUUGAGCUGUGUAUCCGAGAGCACGAACCCGGCCACCAAUCUGACUUGGCUGAGAGACAAUGUUGAGCAAACUGGUCAUCCAGGGCUAAUGAUUACUGAUGGCGACUACGGUGGCCGAAUGACGACACUGGACUUCACGACAGGCGCACUCACCAGAACAGACAACGGGGGUGAAUACAAGUGCUGCGCCGCCAGACCAUCGGUCUGCACCGCAGACGUGUGUGACACGUGUUCACUGAAUGUUGAGUAUCGUCCCUUCUUUUCGGAGCCGAUGGUUCUCACACCCGGUCCAGUCGAGGAGGGAGAUGACGUCAUCCUGUCCUGCAGCGCAGACGCCAAUCCCAUGCCCGCUGAUUUCAUCACGUGGGAGAAGGUCGGAUCUCCUGACUCCCUUGCCUCUGUUUACAGCGAUGGUACGAGCACUCUGACACUAAGGAGCAUCACAAAGGAGCAGACUGGGUCAUACAGGUGUCGUGGAAACAACGGUAUACCACCCGUUGUAUUUUCAACGCCAGUCGACAUCAUCGUGCAUUUUGGAGUUACCAUAACAAACCCAGAAAACAACUACGCCGAAGCCAACGUUGGGGAGAGAGCCACUCUAGUAUGCACGGCCGAAGGCAACCCCUACCCAAUGACGACAUGGUUGGGUCCGACUGGCACCAGAAUAACCAACCAGAGCCAUCCUGGAAGGAUCACACUGGUGGAGACCAUUCACGGCAGAGGUGGCGUAGAGGGGUACACAGUGACGAACACCUUGCAAAUCAAUACAGUGUCUGGAGCAGAAGACUACGGCUAUUACGUGUGUGACUGUGGUAACGGCAUCGGAAUGGUGGACACCCUGACAAUUUUGCUGAAUAGCAGAGUUGAACCUGUCCCCCCUACAAAUAUCUCAAUCGACCAGGGUCGAAUCACUGCUUACUCGCUAACAGUAAACUGGAUCCCUGGGACGAAGGUUGUAGGUCCAGAACAAUGGAUUCUCGUGAAUUACCGAGAGCUGGUAACCACCACGAGCUUCAGCCCCAGCACACGCAGUGGCAGACUCUACGAUGUCAGCGAGUACACAGUGGUCGGUCUGCGGGCCGACACGGAGUACGAGGUCGAGGUUUACGCUGAGAACGCCAAUGGUGCGAGUGAUGUCGUGACAAUAAUCGGAAAGACUCUGCCUGAGCUCGAUAAUGCAACUCCUGAACCCUUGAUUGGAAUCACACGUGGCACUGGUGACGCCACAAAGGAAACAAGUACGGCACUGGAAUUAUCUUCUGCUGAAGUUGACAACACAACGCCGGAGCUGAACGCUGAAACCUCAGCCGCUUAUGACGUCAUGAGAACGAGCAAGUCUCAAGCUGUGCUCGGUAACGCAACUCCACAACCCUUGAUUGAAAUCACAAGUGCCACUAGCGACGUCAUCAAGGAAACUAGUACGACACUACCUGAAGUUGACAACACAACGCCGGAGCCGAACGAUGAAACCCCAGCCGACUAUGACGUCAUGAGCAAGUCUCAAGGCCAGCACGAAGCUGAGAGACGGGCUUAUGUGGUUGUUGAACAAGGAUAUUCUCUGCUAGUUGCAGGCAUAAUCGUCGUGUCCAUUGUUGCAUUCAUCAGUAUUAUGGUUGCUGUAGCUGUGUUUGUGUAUCACCGAAGAUCUACCACCAACAACCUAGAAAUUACCGCCCGCAAGACGAAGCUCACACGCGCUUCCAUCAAGUACGAUGAGGAAAGUGACGUGGUAAUGGAAAAGGCAGAAAACCUAGACAUUCCGCUACAGGUUCUGACCUCUGACUCCGGAGAGGCAACUCGUGAACACGGAUCUACCAGUAACUGAAACAACAAAUUUCUUGGCCGUGUGAGCACAGACUUACAAAUAGACAAAAGGACCAGGGUAAUAAAACAAUUGAUAUAGAUUUAUAAUCUGUAAACGAUUUUAAACAAAAUCUUUUAACAGCUGGAGAACAAACUAAAAACAAAUUCAUUGGGAAAAGGGUCGAGCCGACAGAACGUUACAAUAUAUGUACACGUUAUACUAAAAAAAAAUUGUGGUAAUAGAAAAUGAUAGUUAAGACACCAAUUUGAGGAUUUAAUUAAAAAGCAUAAUUAUAUUCGAAAUGCACGCUGAAAUUACUGUACGCAUAUAUAAUAUUUAGAGUUAUUAAUGUUCGUAUAGGGUACAGUGUCUAAGAAUACUGGAGAUAUAAUGAGCAUAUAAUAAUAAUUUGAAACAAAAUUUCUGCAGAAAGUACUUGACAAUAGAUUUUUACUUACAACUUUCAAUAAUUUUUUUCCCUCACCUGUUGUGAUUUAUAUUGAUUUAACAUUUAGUAUUAAUCUUAGAAAUAUUAAAUAAAUCGUAUUUUAUCUGAUAAGAUUUUAAGUAAAACUAUAUCCUCACACUGCAUGAAGGAAUUACUCAGUAAUCACUAUAACGAUACAUUAAAAAAUCAAGAGUUAUUAAUGUUCGCAUAUAAGAAAUAUCUUUUGAGUAUAAAUUUCACUGCAGGGUCUAUUCGCGCAAAAAUGGCAACAUAUAACACUGUGUAUGUUUGACAGAGAUGGAUGAAUUUUCCAAGCUGCUGGAGACAUUAUGAGCAGAUAUGAACUCAUUAAAUUGGGAGGUUUAGCCGGUAGAACGAAGCAACGUGAAUAUUCUAUAUCAACUUGUAAUCCCUUUUUCCUAAUCUAUAGUGCUUAGUAUUGAACUAUUAUUUUAAUUCUACAAGUACUUUAGUCAUAGAAAUAGAUAGUCAAGACACUAUUUUGAUAAUUUAAGUAAAAUGUAUGUACUCGGAAUGCAUGGUAAAAGAAUUAAUGAGUAAUUACUCUGAAUGAUUAAUAUAGUGAUAAGUGUAUUGGCAACAUUUAUAGGCAAUAUACAACAUUUGCUAACAUCAAAAAAAGCAAAAGUAACACAUUAUUAUCAAAUACCUUACUACACUGUUAGUUCAUAAUCAUAAUAGUCUUAAGCAUCCUGCGAAAUCAUGGCACCUGGUACGCAUUCAUUUUCAAGAAAAGUGAAUGUUUUGUAUCAAUUUCCAACGAUGGUCGGCUGACCAUCGUUGGGAAACACUGACUUUUUGGUUAAUACUGUCUCCCAAUUUAAUUUUGUUAGUUCACAUUUUGCUUGAAAUCGGUUACACAUGCGUGAAUAGGUGCUAGCCUUCUAGUCUUGUUCCCUGACCUGACAACCUAUAAACUGCUCUAUUUCGUCUGAGGUAGGGUCAAGGAGGCAGACGACAAGAACAACACUUUUUUUCUUGGUUUUCCCAGCAUUUAUAAGCACAUAACUGUAAACAGGUCAGUGUAUCAACAUUUGCUUAACCCCCAAUUCUAUCCAUUUCUGGAAAUUACAGCAAAAGAAAAUGUUGUAGAUCCCCUUUAUCACUAUGUAUGUUUUCAUCGGAGGUUGAUGGUUUUUCAAGCUAGUGGGGACAAUGCGUAUUAAUAAGUAUUGAAUUAUCAUUGUAAUGCUACAGGUGUUUUAAAUAAUGGAAAUUGACAGCCAAAUAGAGAUGUCAAACUACACUCGGGGUGUACACUAAAAUUACUUAAUGUGUACUAUGGGCCUUCAGUCGAUAUUUUUCUUCAAAAACCUACAUCCUAACCCAAUUCGGGACUCAUGACUUUAAAGUAGCUUGUUGUCUGACACCUGUUGUGUUAAUAGUUGUCUUUCAGAGAAUAUGACUCUUGUGUCAGCGUCAUAUUAUUCUUCAGAGUCCAGACUUAUAAAACAAAUGAUACAUUUUGAGUACCGUAUUUUACAUGAAGGAGAUACUCGUGAUUAUUGCAACAUUUCUCACAAAUUCUUACGUACUAUUUCCAUAAUUUUCUAGUGUCUCAUCAAGUGGCUUAAAACGAUUCCUUAUGUAAAGAGUAAUAUUAGUAAAGGGUUUGGUGAGGGGGGGCAUUUACAGAUGAGGUUACUGGAAGGUUUUGCAUAUGAAAAGGUCUAUUGGAAUGUCCCCCUGUUAUCAUAUAAUGAUAUUUUUGUGUAUCUUGCAUGGCCCAAUUCGCCAACAAUCAUGUUAAUGAAUGCUCAUCUAGCGAUUAUGUAUUAGUCAUUGUAGAUUAAUAAACAUAGCGCAUCAAUAGAA